UUCAAAUGGUAUAAUUUGUCAUUCAAAUGCAAUAUUUUUUAUUCAAUUUGUAUAACUUGUCAUUGUAAUGCAAUAUUUUUCAUUCAAUUGGUAUAAUUGUCGUUUUUUUAUUUAUAUGCAAUAAUUUUUAUUUAUAUGCAAUAAUUGCAUUAUGGGAAAUUGUUUGACGUCACAAGGUCAAAUUUGCAACAACGUUUGUGAUUGGUCGAUAUAGUCGGGCAGCCCCUGCUUGACUCACAUGUUGAAGUUGGCACGUUCUCUAUGAACUCCCCUGGUUUGAUUAGCUGUUGAUAUCUAUAUAUGAGAAGGUUUAUAUGAUGUCAGGUCAUAUAAAGGUUUCACAUAGUGAACUUUGUUAUGAUGCUGAGGUCUUAUUGCCACUUAAAGAAGAUGUUUUGGAGAGGGAGACACUCAAAUCACAGUUUCCUUCAGCAGUGGGUUUGAGGUACCAUGUAGGAGGGGUGUUGAAAGCUGUUGCAGCUGAUACAAGAGGGUUUUCUUCUCCAGAUGGAGGUUGGGGAACAAGAAGAUAUAUUGUUGUAACAACAGCAGAAUGUGCUGGACAAGCAAGAGAUAUCAUUGGCAACAGGCCAAGUACAAGUGGAUUGGCUCAGCAGAUUACUUCUGUGUUUAAGUCGUCAAAAGCCACUUCACACCCAAGGACACAUUUCUCACCAAUACAGGGAGCUGCCUCCAGAAAAGACAUUAGACAACAAAUGAAAAAGAAGAAGAAGUUAUUUGAAAAGUCAUAUAAAGUUGUUUUUAUUGGAAAUAUAAAAUUGCCAGGCAUUCUGUGUGCAGAUAUUAUCCUAGAAGAAGGAUUAAUUAACAUAAGUUCGGAGGAUACAGAGGACACUAUUAAAAACAAACUACUUGACAUAUUUGACAGCACUGACAAAGAUCCCACCAAGAUCAUUUUUUUAUCGUGCUCACACAAAAAAUUAUCCAAACCAAAUGUACCAUCAACAUUCAAAUUUGAUGGAAUAGGGCUGAAGGCUCUGAUUGGUCAAGGGAAGCUUUAUGUUCUCGUCGAGGGCCCUGAGUUUGAAAAUGAUAAGGACAUGAUGGAUCAAAACAAAUUAGAUGACACAGACAUGACAGACGAGGAACUUCCAGUAUUCGGCAAGACACACUCUUUACAGAUACCCCAAGCAGACACAAAUGCAAGUAUGAACAGUGACCAGGAAAAUACAGGCUCAUCCGCAAAACCACAAACAGACAUCACCAAAACUGUGCAAAGUCAAGAUAUAGUGGAAGGUGAUCCGGAAGAUACAGGCACACCGACACUUAGUAUUUACAUGUAA